AUGAUGUUAGGACUGAUGACAAUCUGCGUUACUUUCGGCUCCUCGGUCUUCAGCACAGCAACAAAACAAACAGCGAAAAAGUUCGGCGUCUCCUCAGAGGUAAUGGUGUUAGGCGUCAGUUUGUUCGUUCUCGGCUUCGCCUUUGGUCCUAUUAUCUUCGGCCCCUUGUCGGAGUUGUACGGUCGGAAGCGUCCGCUGUUUUUGGGAAUGUUUGUCUUCGCAAUCUUCCAGAUCCCCGUCGCGGUAGCCCUGAACUUGCAGACACUCUUCAUAUGUCGCUUUCUAGGCGGACUGUUUGCCAGUGCACCACUUGCCAUUGUAUCCGGUAUCCUGGCAGAUAUGUUUGAGCCGGUAGAGAGAGGCAUUGCAAUGGCCAUCUUCGCUGCAGCGACCUUCAUCGGCCCGGUGGCUGGACCAAUCGUCGGCCUCGAAACCCCGGCCUAUCGGUUAAACUUUCAAUCGCUAGAACAGUGUACCGAAGGGGAUGUGACACAUGAUUUUUUUCAAAACAUCUGUCCCUUAGUUGAGCUCUCUUUCGGCGACUUGUCAUACUCUAUCACUCAUCCGGGCGAUCCACCGCAUACCUCCGUUCGUGGAGGACCGAAACUCAAGCCACGAGCACUUGUUGGGUCGGAUAUUUCAGACAGGAAGAUAGUUGACUACCAACUGACGAUGGCCCAUCGGAAGCCAUACCUUGAAGGGGCUGCUACCAUAGGAGAGUUCAAAAGACCCCGAGUCAUUAGGAGAAGAGAGUGGACACUUGAAAGAUCCCCAUCAAGUACAACAAAACGCCUUAUGCAGGAGAUUAGAGGGUAUGUCCUAUCUACUUUUUAA